AUGAGCGAUAGUCAGAUCAAUCCUCCGAAGGGACAGCUCUUUCUCACACUGCUCCCCCACGCUCCGGGCACGGGCAGCAACAAUGAAUGGGAGGAAGUGUACAUGAACGCCAGGAGAAAUCCGGGCCGAGAAACGCUUCCGAAUACAGCUCAGAAGCAAAGCACGUUGCCCGAAGGAGUUGGAUCAAACAGGAUGAUUGUGUUUGCCAUCGACCUGCACAUGUACGCCGUGGGUAUCAACCCGGUAUCCUACCACCCGAGAGGCUACCAUGCACUCAAGGAUACGAUUCCCCUCGCUUGCAUGCCGAUUGCCUAUUUCAUGGAUACAGGCGCGAUGGUGUUCAACACCGCCUUCAAGUAUCUUGGAGGAGGGGUGGUCAACGAGAGCAGUGGCCUCUGGCUAGCUUCACCUGCCCGAUGUGCGCGGCGCUGUUUCCCGCGGGUCUCCGCCUGCGCCACUCGUGCACGAAACCGAUUCACUAUCCUGAUGGAAUCUAUUACGCCGAUCAGCAGAACAUGUUCCAGGUGGCAUACUAUGGUGUCCACGCAAAAUGGUUCUACGAUCUGCUCGGCUAACGACCUCAGCGAGUUCAAACCUCAUGUGUAUCCAACGAUUAGGCACCUGAGGAACUUUCCCGCAUCACGGGCACUGUCUGAGGAUCACAGACAGACUGCCUUCUUCGGCAUUAGUCCGAUUAGAUGUGUCGCUGUGGAUCUCUUGCCGACCGAGGUAGAACUGUUCAAGAGAAGCGUGCGUGGCACGAUCCAGGCCGCGAUUCGCCUGGACAUUUCUGUCGAACGAUUGGUCGCUGGGAUCACAAGGAAAGAAGCCCGCGGAGGCGUGCUGGACUUCUUUGAAUCCGACCGAGCCAAAACGAUUGUCAAACACUACGGCUCGGUGUUCACCAGCUGCCGCGAGAGGCCGCUUUGCUACUACGCACGAUGGUCGGUCCACUGUCAACGCGCAUACCCGGUAUGCCUGGAGCACGCCUACCUCUCCCCCUUCAACAGAGAGAAAGUUGAGAAGCUCCGAGAGGCACAUCUGCUCCUGGAGAGAGCUAGCCACAUGCGACUCUGCACUGAGUUCGGUACGGUUGAUGAGUUCCGUGACACGAUGAGGGACACGGAGAAAUACAAGCGAUACAUGCGUGUGGGCAGUGAGAGCCUUUCGAUACUCUUGGCAAAGGUUACCCUCACCACGUGCUACCGCAUUCCCGUGAAGGGAGAACCCGGUUACAUCUCCGAUGACGAUGAUGACGAGAUAGCUGGCAAUGCCGAUGCUGCAGGGGGUGUCCAAGGGAUCGGUCCCGAUGCGAAGGACAUCCUUGAACAGGAUAAGGCCACGGAAGAUACCUUCUUCGAGCUUGUGGAUCGAAUCCAAGACAAGCUUCCCGAUCGAAGGAAUCGAAGGGCCAACGAUCCGGCCAAGAUGGAAAUAGAGAAGGACGUGUUCGAGGCCAUGCCUGAAGAGCUGGAAGCUCCACCGGAUCUGCUUGAUGUUUCUUCUCGAAGACGAGCAGCGCUCACAACAUCCCUGUUCCUCCGGAUGAUGACGAUGAAGAAUGCGAGCUCGAUCGGGUAUCGCUCCGGAGACGGCAACGCCGCCGCCACGCGAGAUGCCCCCACCGAGCAAUCCGCCCAGCGAAAAGCACCCAAAAAGGAAUCCUUUAGUGAUCCCCACAUCGAUGGGGAGACACUCCGCGUUUCCGGUAGAUCACGAUUUGCAGACGACAAACGGAUGCCCGAUGUACUGAGGAUGAAGACGAAGGUUCCAGAUGAAGGUCUGGGGAAUCCUACGAUAGGGCAACUCAUCCAGAUGUACCACGAUCCCAAAUCGUUGCCGGUGAUCCGCAAUCGUUCUGCAGAACUGAUCAUCGCGAUGAAUGCCGAUCCUGAUGACAAUGUUAACAUGAGGGCUGCUGGCGUUCAUCGAGCGGCUGCCGAUGUGAGAGCUCCGUCUCCAGGCAGCACAUCCGCUACCCCCGACUGA